ACGGCCGGCGUCGGUGUUGCGGCGGGAACUGUGCGGGCCGGGUUGGGGCGUGCGGGAGAAACAUGGCCCUCCCCACGCUGCCCUCGUCCUGGUGCAGCCGGAGGCUCCCGGAGCAGCAGGCGGCGCGGCAGCGGCAGCGGGAGCAGGCGGCGCGGCUGCGGCAGCAGUGGGACGCGAACAGCCGCUACUUCCGGCUGUCGGACAUCUGCAGCUCCAAGCAGGCCGAGUGGAGCUCCAGCGCCUCCUACCUGCGCAGCAUGCACGCCUAUCAGCGCGAGAAGAUGAAGGAGGAGAAGAGGAGGAGCCUGGAGGCCCGACGGGAGCGGCUGCGGCGGCUCGUGCUGGAGGAGCAGGAGCUGCUGGCCAGAGAGCUGCAGGAGCUGCGGCUGAGCGUGAGCUUGCGGGAGCGGCGGCUCCGCGAGCGGCACGGGCACCUCCGGUCCGCCCGAGAGGAGCAGCGGAAACUGAUCGCAGAGCAGCUUCUGUAUGAACACUGGAAACAGAACAACCCAGAACUUCGAGAGGUCGAGCUGGACCUUCACAGGAAGCACGUGGUGGACUCGUGGGAGGCGCAGAGAGAAGAAAAAAAGCAGCAAGAGGCCACCGCGGAGCAGGAGAGCAGACGGCAGGAAAACGAGUACGAGGUGGCGCGGAGGGAGGCGCUGGAGCGGCUGAGAGCGGAGCAGGAGAGGCGGCAGGAGGAGGACAGGCUGCAGGCCGAGGCGCUGCUGCAGCAGAUGGAGGAGCUGAAGCUGAGGGAGACGGAGGCAAGCAAGCUGAAGAAGGAGCAGGAGAACCUGCUGAGGCAGCGCUGGCAGCUGGAGCAGCUGGAGGAGGAGCGGGCGCGGAUGGCGGCCUUGCGGCAGAAGGCCGAGCUGGGGCGCUUUCUGCGGCAUCAGUACAACGCCCAGCUCAGCAGGCGCACCCAGCAGAUCCAAGAGGAACUGGAGGCCGACAAGCGGAUCCUGCAGGCGCUGCUGGAGGAGGAGGAGGAGAACGAGCGCGCCCACCUGGCCAGGCGGCAGCAGGCCAUGGCCGACGCGGCCUGGAUGAAGCAGGCCAUCGAGGAGCAGCUGCAGCUGGAGAGGGCGCGGGAGGCAGAGCUGCAGCUGCUGCUGAGGGAGGAGGCCAAGGAGAUGUGGGAAAAGAGAGAGGCCGAAUGGGCCCGAGAGCGGAGCGCACGCGACAGGCUCAUGAGCGAGGUCCUGGCGGGAAGACAACAGCAAAUACAAGAAAAGAUUGAACGAAACCGACGGGCGCAAGAGGAAUCCUUAAAGCACAGGGAGCAACUCAUUCGCAGUCUGGAGGAGGCAAGGGAGGCGGCUCGCCGGGAGCAGGAGCAGAGUGAAGAACAGAAGUCGGCCAGGAAGCAGGAGCUGGAAGCCCAGGUUGCAGAGCGCCAGCUGCAGGCACGGGAAGCUGACCAGCAGGAGGAGGAGGAGGAAGAGGAGGCCAGGCAGGCAGAGCAGCUGUCGGACGCCUUGCUGCGGCAAGAGGCGAAGAUGAUGGCCGAGCGUGGCUACCGGCCCAAGGCUCACGGACACCCCAGAAUUGCCUGGGACUGACGCGGUUGGUACCGGACACCCGGCGCGCAACGAUGCUGAAGCCUCGACGCAGAGCCGCCCAGCAGCCGCACCAGGUUCUGUGGGGGCCGGGGGUCGGCCCUGCCUGCGACCUGGGCACCGGGGCCCAGGCACGGAGCUGUGGGGACGUGCAGCUCCCAGCCAGAGACCCUUCCCUGCUCUUACUCAAGAAGGGUCCUGAGCGGGACGUGCUGACAGUGCUGUCGAUGUCCUCGUGACGCGCUCACGAACAGUGUCGGCCGGCACGCAGCGCUGGGAGUUGUGCUCUCCUGCCGCCCGCGCUCAGCGACUCCAGCCUCGUCGCUGUCCGUUGGAAGCGGUCUUGCAGCGUUUGGUACAGCUGAUUUCAGCGGUCCCCAAGGGAUCGAGCCUUUUGUAUUCUGGAAGAAAAAACUGCUGUGGCCUGGGGGUGCUUUGUGGAACGGCGUGAGAAAUGAGGGAGCUUUGGGGGGCAUUUCAGUGGGGCUGUGGGGCGGCGACCCAGCCCGUGGGGAUGACCCUCACAGCCCCCCGUGCCCAGGGAGGUCUUGGCCACAAGCAGCCUCCAGGGACUGCACGCCCAGCGGGAGGAACGCUGAACCUGAAGAAACGAGAUCAGACUCAGAGCCACAAAUUGGCCAGAAAUGUCUCCCGCCGUUGUAUCCGUGUGACCGUUCUGGAUUAACCUCUACAAACAGCUCAAGUUCCUUGCUUCAAUAAUCGUAUUUCUAUGACCUGUAUCUUUUAAAUUUAUUUUUCAUACUCUGGAGUUUUAGUGCAUUGUGGUCAGGAUCCCACUUCUCAGUCAGUUACAGCUAAUUAGGGAGCGCGCUCCAUGGUUACCAGAGAGCCCGAGUGCAGGGCUGCAGCAGUUCCCUGCCCCUGCACCCCGGGAACAAAGCUGCAGACCGCCCUGAAGCUGCUCUGCAUUGUCUUGUCUUGCGUCUCUGAAGACCGUCCCUGGAGCACUGCUCCCGUCACGCGUGCCUGAGGGCCGCGCUCCCGGGCUGGGCCUGUUGCAGUCACUGCUGUGGAGUGGGCUGGCGGGGACAGAUGGCCUGACUGACCUGCGUCCCCUGCGGCUCUGCACGUUGUCUAGCACUGGUCACAUUUCGCAGGCUGGACUCAGCUCCCUUGUGAGAGUGGUGCUGUCGCCUCCGCUUGCGUUAGAACCCAGUUACUAGCAGUCAUGUUGUCAGCACCAGCGCGCCUGGUCACAGACACUCGCAUAUUUACUGAAUACAUUUUUUUUUUUAAUUUUAAUUUUUUGCUUUUGAAGCACGGAGAUAAUUUUUCUUGCUUGCAUUAAAAUUGUUUUCUACCCUAAUAUUUAAAUGGGCAAACUAUUUGUUUUCUGAAUUCGGCGCUAUCACUGUCUCGCCGUUUCUCCUGCAGCCCGUAGAUGGGCCCCUUGGCUCGUGUGUGCUGUGCCUGGGCUGUGGUUGCGCACGCACGUCGGCUUUCUUGUUUCCAAGCACCCUUUUCUACCUCAAAUGGUUUCCCGAUUGUCCUUCAGAGUCCUCCACAAAGGUCAGACAUCCUGCUCUGAGCUGCAGUCUGCCCGUCCGUCACCACCAGCGGGGCUGUGUGUGGUCACUAACGCACCCCGCUUUCCUGACGUGAAAACCUCCCACCGUCUUCCCUGGCCUCCCGCACCCAGGACCAAGACCCCACUCGGCUGGCCCUCCGUUCCCUCCUGGAACUCGCCACAGGCCUGCUGGCCCAGGAAAUGGAACACCCAGUCAGACUGGUACAGACACGCUGUUUCCAGUCUUAGCGCGGUGCGAACCAGUGCUCUAGAUGGCUGGCGCCGGGGCCGUGGGCUUGGGAUGUCGUUCUGUGCAUUCAAGAGAAUGGAAAGCCUAGAAAUCACGUUCCUGUUCCACAGUAUUUACACCACUGCUCCUGCGGCCCCGACAGCUGCACUGGUCAGUCUUCCAGGAUGGGCGCUUUUCUCCCAGGGGCCCUCAGAAUCUCCAUAGAAAAUGCAUAUUGUGAAGAAACUAGGUGUGACUUGCUAAAUGUUUUUAUGCCAAAAUAAACGGGUAUUUUAUUCACCAGAAA